AUGGAGCCUCCAUCGGGUGGCGAUAUAUACACGCCGUUCUACUACUGGGACGGCGUCGCGAACCAGUGGGCGUUUGACUAUGAAGGCUUCUACAAGACACACGGAUACCCUGAAUCGGCGACAGCGGCCAAGCAGCGCGCGGAGCCGACGAGCGCCGAGCUGUAUCAGCAGCAGCUGCAGUCGUCCGUCUACGACUAUGUGCCGACGCGCGCUGGGCGCAGCACGCAGGUCAAGGUCGCCGGCCACCUAAAGAAGGGCGAGACGCGCGAGACGGUGAUCCGACGCGCGGGCGGCAAGCUCUGGGAGGACCGCUCGCUGCUCGAGUGGGACCCCGCGCACAAGCGCCUGUUUGUCGGCGAUCUCGGCAACGACGUGCACGACGAGCACCUCGUCCAGGCCUUCCAAAAGUACCCAUCGUUUUCGCGUGCGCGCGUCGUCCGCAACAAGGGCGACGGCAAGUCCAAGGGGUACGGCUUCGUGGCGUUUGCCGACCCGGAGGACUUUUUGCGCGCGUGGAAGGAGAUGGACGGCAAGUACAUCGGCUCGCGGCCGUGCCGCCUGAAAAAGGCCCAGGACACGAUCAAGCCCGUCGAAAUCGGCGCGCGCAAAGACAAGUUCCUCGCGGCGAAUGCCAAGUACACCGACUACCUAAACAAGGCCCGGCGCGGCGGGACCGUGGGUCGGCACUUGCCGCGGGCCAGCGGGCUACCGAAACCGUACUCGAAAAAGUAA